AUGGCUGCUAAAAUGCCUCUGCUGGAGACUGACGAAAAGAAAGAGGUUCAUAAGAGUGGAAUGCGAGGAAUGCUUAGUACUCAUGGGGAUCAUAUGAAAGUUGAUGCUGCUUCAUAUAGCGAGACGUUUACUACAGGAGGGAACGAUGGAAACGACCAACAGCAUGUGGAGAAGGAAGAAAAAUCUGAUCCUCGUCUUUAUUUCAAUCCUUCUAAUUCGUUAAUCAAUGUACGAGAUGGAGCAUCUAUAGGCAUAGCCAUGUCACCUGCGGAGGAAGUACGAGAAAUAUAUUUGAAAAAGAUGUUCAUUAUGCCACCAAAGCAUGAAUUUUAUUGCCCCCAUUGUGACGUUUGUAUCGACAAGGUGUUUUUUUGCACUACACGUGAACGUCCAGUUACUGGGAAUCCAGAUACUGAACCUAACUCAGAUAUUGAAGGUCCAGUGAGAUGCUCUGCAUGCUUCAGUUUACUCAUUCAAAAAGGCACACAGUUUUUAACUGGGUUGGUAUCACCACGUGUUCCAGAGUCAGGCCCAGAUCAUAGAUCCAUUACUAUGACAGAUUCGUCUAGCCCAACAGUAACACCACCAAUCAUCGUAACAGAAGGAAGUAGCAAAGGAUGGGAAAUUCUUAAAAGCAUGGUCUAUGGUGGUCUGGCUGAACUAUUAGCAAGCCUUAGUGUUGUGACAUCUGCAGCAAGUGCUGAUGCUACCACAUUGAGCAUUGUUGCUCUGGGUAUUGCAAAUCUGAUUGGUGGACUUUCCGUCUUGGGCCAUAAUCUUAAGGACUUAAAAGCUUCGCAACCUAGAGAAGAAGCCAAUGGUGAAACAAUAGCACAAGUGGAUAAAUAUUAUGAAUUAUUGGGAAAGAGGGAAAAUUUUCUUCUGCAUGGCUUUGUUGCUAUCUUAUCAUUCCUUAUAUUUGGAUUAGUCCCACCAAUAGUAUACGGUUUCUCAUUCCGUGGGAGUGAUGACAAGGAUCUCAAGCUUGCAGCAGUUGCAGGAGCUUCUUUAAUUGGUAUCACAUUGCUUGGUAUUGCUAAAGCUUAUAUCCAGAGACCUAACACUUACGUUACAUACAUCAAAACUGUGUCUUUCUAUGUCACUUGUGGAAUAUUGGCCUCAUUACUCACUUAUGUGGCUGGUGCAUUGAUGAAGAGACUCAUAGAACAACUUGGAUGGUUUCAGCCAGCAUCAAACUUGGCUUUGUCUAUUCCUCAGAUGGAUACGGAUAAACCUGCUGGAUGGGGUUCCUACUAA